AUGAAAAGAUCAGGCUCAGGGCGUGUGGCGCGCAAAGUCGGCGCAUACGAUAACUCGGCAGAGAGCGAAGAAAGCUCGACCAACGAAGUGCAGAAGCCCACAGUUGUAAAGCGACCGACAUUCGGCAAAGGCAGAAAGCGCUCUUCGUUACGCAUCUCGUUCGGCCCAGGCGAGUCUGAAGGAAACGAUGGGGACGAGUCGGGCGACGCAACGCCAGUCGUGACCCCGAAGAAGUCAAAUCUGAGUCGCAUAGCGUUGGAAAAGAGUGCGCAAUUGCGGGCGCGAUCACCGCUUGUCCCUGAGGCAUCACGCCCAUCAGACGAGGAACGCCCCUCGUACAACAAGGACUACAUUGCAGAGCUGCGCAACUCGACACCUUCUACGCCAAAAGACCUCAAACCUUCUGCCGAGGAAGAGGAGGAGACGCAGGCGCUCGACAUAGCAUCAAAGUUUGGCCCAAUCAGUGUACUACCGACCGCCACCUCGUCUGCUAUACCUACACAAGCCGAGAUACUCGAGAAGAAGGCACGGCGGAGACGUCUGGCAUUACAGGAGAGUGCUCAAGACGAUGAGGAAGAUCGGCCAUGGGCAUCUGACGACGAGGGCGAAGACGAGUUCCGGCAGCGAAGGAAUGAAAUCUCUCUGCGGCCCAAGGAGAAAUAUGCCGAGACCCGCUUGGUACAUGAAGAUGAGGAUAUGGCAGAGGGGUUCGACGACUUUGUGGACGACGGCAAGAUUUCUCUAGGUCGCAAGUCAGAGCGUGAAGCCCAGCGGAAACGACGUGCAGAGAUGGCAGAGCUUAUCAACGAUGCAGAGGGCUCAGACGAUGAUGGCUCGGCAGACUCGGACGAGGAGCGGAAUGCUGCCUUUGCUGCAGCGCAAGCACGUGCUGGUCGAUAUGGUCAGAAGAUUGAAGACGAAGAAGACGGCACGAAAACACCCCCUCGAAUCACUCCUUUGCCACAACUCGACGAAAUACUAGACGGCCUGAGCAUCGAGAUACAGACCAAGCGCCAGAGGAAGGAAUUGAUACUUCAGAAGUUGCAGGAGUUCAAGGAUGACAAAGCGAGAAUUGAGGAGCGCAAGAAGUACCUGCAAGAGCAGCUGCAGAAGACUGGCGAGGAAUACGAAAAGUUACGCCAGGAGUCUGGCCUGCCCGCUCUUCCCUCGAGCGAUGCCAAUGGCGGCAGGCUGAUUACUGAGCGAGGCUUGGACAGUCUAGGAACUACGCCUCUGGCUGGACGCUCGGGGCUCCGCCCACACCUUCUCAAUCUUCUCCCGCUUCUCCUUGGCCACCUCGCGAUUCACCCGCGUCCGCUCGAGCCGCUGUGCGCGCAGGCACAUGUUCACUUUGUACUUGGCUUCGGUGCAGUUGCCGGUAACUUUCCAGAGGAAGCCGCGGGCGUGGCAUUCGUCGAGGGCAGCGACGACGUCGGCGCAGUCUGGGAGGUGUUAGGGUGUGCGGUAGGCAUUGGGAAGUGGGGUAAACGUGCUCUUUUGAACUUCUUCAGUGUGCAGAUGGGGAUGCAUUGUGGGCGCGGGAGUAUCCUAGUUCUUGGGCCGGUGCGGCGAGUGUGUAUGAUUUGGCUUGGUGUUGCUUGCGACGCGGUGGCGUGGAGUCGAUGUUGGAGCUCUUUCCGACUAAUCGGGAAGUCAUAA